UAAAGAUAGCAGAAGGGACCUUUGGUGAAGUCUUCUCCACAACCAAUGCCUCAGGAGACACUGUUGCUCUCAAAAUCAUUCCAGUAGAGGGCAGUGAGAAGGUGAAUGGAGAGGAUCAGAAGACAUUUGGAGAGAUCCUGCAUGAGAUUAUUAUCUCAAAGGAACUGAGCAGCCUGAAGGAGAAGCAACACAACCAGACUCACAGCUUCAUUGGACUCAAUGAAUACUAGCAGGUUUCAAGAUGUGUCCACCCACUCACCACUCCACCCCAACCCUUGAGAUCUACCCCCCGCUGUCAGCCCAACCCAUCAGGAUUUUUGUGCUUCAGUUUUAGGCAUUUGCUUUUCAGAGAACGGGCACAAGUUAGGUGCCCUUCCAUGAGACGUCGCCUAACAUGGCAUAUAUGAAGUGAUGGAAGCUUUGGGCUGGCGUUAAUCCUCAACAAACCUCAGGGCAUUCUCACAGGCCAGAAAAUGAUUUACUUGUGCCGGCCAAGCCAGACAUUCAGCACAUCCACCAGUGGCAAUGUUCCUCACACUGCAGCAAUAACGUACAGGUAUUGCUGUGAGGCCAUCCUGAUGUUGGGGCAUCAGCUGACAAGAAAUGCAGUGGUGACAUUUUGUGUAAGUGCCAUAAAGUAGCACACACAUAAGUAAGUUCACAGCAGUUUGCAUUGGGACACUUCUGUGCUCAUUUUAGGUCUCUCUCUCUCUCUCUCUCUCUCUCUCUCUCUCUCUCUCUCUCUCUCUCUGAGUGAGGUGGCGUGUGAGAGUUGUGAGUGUUUCGACGGAGCGAUUAACUGGUUUUUGAUGUAUAUUCGAGUUACAAUUUACUUUUUGCUCAUUUGGGUUUUUUCGGUGAAGGUUGUUUUAUUGUUUUUGUGUGCACAUAUUGAGGGUUGGGGGUGUUUUUGAGGGUUUUUUUCCGUGUUUUUUCGCCGCCGGCGUCUGCAGGUGCAGACUUCCGGCCGGUGCUAGCAUGAUGUUGACCGAGCUAACGCGGAAGCACGGCCUGAGGAUCGCCGCUGCUUCUCGCUUUUCUGUGGACGAGUGCGCGGUUGCUGUGGCUGCGGUGGUCGGUCCGCUCAGCCUAAAAUCAGCUGCAAGAAUGAACGGAGCGGUGGUUAUUUUUCUGGACAGUGUUGAUAAAGUCCACAAAGUCAUCGAAAAUGGCAUUGUUAUCAACGGUGAUUCCAUCUCCGUGUCUCCUCUCACGCAACCUGCUAAAAAGGUAACGGUGUCCAACGUCCCUCCUUUCGUCAGCGACGAACUGUUCAGAAAAGAACUGUCCAGGCACGGAAAAAUAGUCUCUCCCAUUAAAAAGUUGCCAUCGGGCUGUAAACAGUGGGAACUGCGUCACGUGAUUUCUCACAGGCGUCAGGUCUACAUGGUCCUUAACAACAAGGAGGAAGAGCUGAAUCUGGGCUUUAGGCUCAGAAUUGAUGACUACGACUAUGUUCUGUUCAUAACGUCAGAGACUAUGAAAUGCUUUGGAUGUGGCAAAGAGGGACAUUUAGUCAGAGCCUGUUCAGACAAAGCUGGGGGCAACUUCCACUCGGGUGCAGGAGGCCGUGCAGCCGCCUAUGGAGUAGAGGCCCAGCAUGGAGAAGAGGAGCAGCACGGAGGAGAGGAUGGACAGGAGGCUGGUGGAGAAGGUGCAGACGGACGGGAGGACGGUGGAGAAGGUGCAGACGGACGGGAGGACGGUGGAGAAGGUGCAGACAAGCAGGAGGAGGCCGGUGGUGGUGAAACAAAAGUAGUGAGUGGAGACACUGUGGUCGGGACUGACGACGAACGGUCUAAACAGGCUGAAGUUGAGACUGUAAACGGAAGCGAAGUUGCUGCUAUGUCAACUGUGGGAAGGCAGAACAGAAUUGAUAUAGAAAUGUGUAAUCAGGACCCAAAUGUAAACAGUGCUGUAGCUGCAGAGAAGGCAGGGAUGGGUGAUGGUAGGAAAGAACAUACAAAGAGAAAAAGCGACACUACUGUUGAUGACACAGAUGAUCAGUCAGGAACUGGGAAAAAGGUAAAGAGCCAAAAGCCAGACAGACGACCUGCAGACUCAGAUCUCAGUGAGGAUGAGUUUUCUCUCUGCUCUGACGGUGAAAUGUCUGACUGUAGAUCUCAGUCACCGGAGCCCAAGACCUACUCAGUUGAUCGGGUUAAACUGUUUUUACAGCACACGAAAAAUAAGAGGGGUGUGAAGAUUGACGAUUAUUUUUCGGAUGACGAAUGUUUUGUGAACUCGGUCUAUGACCAAAUGGGAAGUAGAGGAAAAGGAGGUUACACAAACCAUGAAGUUGUUAGGUUAAAGAAAAUACUGCACAAAAUAAGCCGAGAUCUGGAUGAUGGCGUUUUUUAACAAGUUUGUCACCAUGCUGCUAUGUUUUUUUGUGUGUUUUGUUUCUCUGUCUUAUUUUGAGCUUUUUUUGAAAAUGAUCAUCUGUUUUUCAUUUUAACCCUGUGCUGUCAUUGUAAGUUUUUAAACUAUU